AUGAAUAAUAUGAAUAAUAUGAAUAAUAUGAAUAAUAUGAAUACAAAUAAUAAUAUAAAUAAUUUUAAUUCAAACAAGUUCGAUUUUAAUAACCUUAACUUUAAUAAUAAUAAUAACAAUAGCUUUAAUAACAACAAUGAUAACUUUAUAAAUAAUGUCUUUAAUCAUAGUAGUUUUAAUAUCAAUCUUAAUAAUAUGAAUAACUAUGAUAAUAACAAUAAUAAUAAUAAUAUAAAUAAUAAUAUGAAUAAUAAUUUAUAUCAGGGGAACAAUAAUUUAAACCAAUUUAACAAUAAUCAAAAUUUUAAUAAUAAUAUAUCCAACAACAAUUACAGUAAUAAUAAUUUUGGUAUUAAAAACUCUCCUUUUUAUACAAACCCCGAUAAUAUUGAUAAUUCCAAUAAUAACCCCAAUCAUCAUUAUAAUAAUAAUAAUAACAAUAAUGAAUCAAAUAAUAAUAUGAAUAAUAUGAGUAAUAAUAACAAUAAUAAUAUUAAAAUGGAUAAUAAACCAAAAAAAAUAUCUCAAUUUUUAACAGUAAUACCACCAGAAGUCGAUAAAGAAUUUAAGGCUGCAGGAGUAUUAUUGUAUGCGUAUCAUGAAGGAAAAAUUAAAUUAUUAAUGGGAUGUGAAGAUAGAACAAAAAAAGGAAAAAGUACUAUGCAGAAUUCAAAUGGCUUUUAUGCAUUUUUACCAUUUGGCGGCAAGGUUGAAAAAGGAGAAAAAGUAAUCGAUACAGCAACUAGAGAAUUUAAUGAAGAGACUGGUUUCAUAUUCAACGAUAGAAUAGAUGAUUUCCGUCAACUUUUCGAAUCUGAAAACACACACAAACUUUGGGUACCAAAUUCAAAAUAUGUUUUAUUUUUCGCAAAAAUUGAUUACGAUGAAAGCAUUCCAUCCAAAUUUGCAAAUAUUGACAAGUCACUUUUUGAUCACACCGAUCAGUUAUUUUUAGAAUGGAUUGAACAAAAAGAAAUGGAGCCAUGUAAAAUAUCCAACACAUUGUUUAACCGUCCAGAUGGAACCGUUGGUGAAUUUGCCAAAUUUUUCUGUUCAAUGUUUUUCUUUAUAAAACCAUUCUUUAGGGCAUUAUUAACAGAUUUCCAAAAUGGUGGAAAUGGUGCAUUUUCACCUAUAGACUUGAAGACAGGAAUUUCAAGACAACAACAACAACAACACCACCAGAGACAACUCUCACACCACUCAACUGUAAAAGAAAGAAAAUUAAAAAGAAAUAAAAAAAAUACAAAGUUAGAACAAAUAAAAAUGGUCACAAAAAAAUCAGAUACCAAUGUAAUUACCACCAAUAACACAAACCCCAAUACUACCACUAUUAAAAAGACAAAGAAAACUAAAACUGCAGAACAAUUAGAAAGAGUGAAAAUGAAAAGAGUUCAGAAAAAACAAAGAAAAAUCUUAUUUAAAUCUCUAAAUAAUACAAAUACAGGAGCCACAACAAUAAAUAAUCAAAGCGACACAAUCACACCAAACACAAAUUUAAAUAAAAUCGAUGACUCUAUGGAUCCAGUAAAUCCCACUCCUACAUCCAAUACCACAAGUAAAAAGAAGAAAAAUAAAAAACCUAAAAAAACAAAAAACUCUAUAAAUAAAAUGGACAUAGAUAACAGUGAUAGUAAUAAAAACAAUAAUAAAAAUAAUAAUAAUAAUAAUAAUAAUAAUAAUAAUAAUAAUAAUAAUAAUAAUAAUAAUAAUAAUAAUAAUAAUAAUAACAAUAAUAAUAACAAUAACAAUAACAAUAACAAUAAUAAUAAAGACCCAAAUACAACUACAACAACAAAUCUGAAUAAGAAGAAAAAUAAGAAAAAUAAGAAAAAAAUCGAAACAACGCCACCAACCUCCCAAAAUAUUAUAUAA